AUGGAUACUAAUCAGUGGCCACAGGGAAUAGGAUUGGUGAAGCCAAUUCAUCAGCAGCAGCUUGAAUCAGUAGUAGUAGUACCAAAGCUACCAACAACAUCAGCAGGAGCAGGAGCAGAAAACAGCAGGAAGCCAAGGCCAGCAAAAGAGCAAGCUUUGAACUGUCCAAGGUGCAACUCAACCAACACAAAGUUCUGUUAUUACAACAAUUACAGCUUGACUCAACCACGCUACUUCUGCAAGACUUGUAGAAGGUAUUGGACUGACGGUGGCACUUUAAGGAAUGUCCCUGUUGGUGGUGGCUCUAGAAAAAACAAAAGAUCCUCAUCUUCCUCUACUUCCUCCAUUUCUUCCUCCUCAUCAUCACUGCUGAAGAAGCUUCCAGAUCUGAGCUUUUCUCAUCAUCAUCAUCAUCAAAACCCUAAUAGCGCCGGCCAUGACCUAAACUUAGCUUACCCUUCCUCAUCAGGGCUGAUAAUCACUCCUUUACCUUCUUCUCAUCACAACCCUACUAGUAGUAAUCCUAUCUCUCCUCCUUUAAAGGGUUUGAGUUCUUUGAUUUCAUUGCCUAAUUUUUCUGUUAAUUAUUCCAACACCAAUACUACUACCACUACCUCCACUCCUUCAUUGUUCUACCCAGCUACUUCUGUGCUUCUUCCUACGCAAGAUAACUAUAAACCAACAAAGCUCAACUUUUGCUUGGAUGGUUUUGAAAAUGAUCACCAUGGGGAUCAAAAUGGAAGCAACAACAAUGCUAGAGGACUGUUUCUUCCUUAUGAAGAUUUGAAGCCACUUUCCAUGAACAGUGGUGUUUCCACCGAGCAAUAUGAUCCUCAGCACCAGAAUCGAGGGGGGCAAACAGGAGGGGAAUCUAAUAAUAAUGCUUAUUAUAAUGGAUAUUACUGGAACACUGGGAUGUUGGGCGGAUCAGCAGGAGGAGCCUCAUGGUAG